UUUACUGGUCCCCAUGUCAAAAAGUUUGGGAACGCCUGGUAUAAGGGGAAAUGAUUAUCCUGAGGAUUUUGAUUCUUGUAGCAUGGAAAUUUGUCAUUGUGUUUAAUGCAGUCAUAUAAGUUGCUGUUUGUCAGCAGCAAUACUUGAAUUAUCAUGUUAAUAGUAUUAUAAGUAAUUAGAAUCUGGGCAAAGUGUUUAUUAUAACAUUCAUUACAUUUUAUUGUAAAGGAACCUGAUUUGGUGGCUCUGGCAAAGCAAGCAGAGGAAAGGAAACAAAGAGCAGAGAAGAGACAUAAAGAAGCCCUGAAACAACAGAAAACUCAAAAAGAAAAAUUGUUGAAAGAGCAAACAUGGGGAGAGAAUUUUUGCCUUUAAACCCAGAAGCAGAUUACUCGGUUUCCAUGCUUUCUGACUGCUCUGCAAUAGCUCAGACUCCUAAUGAGGAUCAGUCUGUUACACCAAUCUGCAGUCAUGUUGUUAGAGUUCACAUCCACACCGUGUACUUUACAAGAAUCGUUUUUAAAGAGAAAAAAAAACUUUAUCCAGAAGUCCUCUAAAAGAGUGGAAGAAAUAAAAAAUAAAGAGAGACACUCUGAAAAACCUCAAGAUAUGUUGUUUCAAAGGGAAAAGGCUAAAAGAUUUCAUAUGCUGAAGGAGCAUUCUCCUACUUCUGGUACAGUUGUCAAUCAGUUGAAGAAAGUGGGGGAAGUGAAAGUUUGCUCUCCAGAGGAGAAAAGGUCUGAUGAUGUUGAAAUACAGCAGCGCACUUUAAGACUUUAUAAUCAACUAGCUGAAGUGAAAAGCAGAAAGGAAGAGAAAUCAAGACAAGAAACCUAUGCUAAAAACAGGGAAAAGGCCAAAGAGUUUCAAAAGAAAACAUUGGAAAAACUACGAGCCAAAAAGACUCCUUGAACACCAGAUCCUUUAAGAGACUUCUGGGAAUAAAAGAAGUGCUUGACUCCUUUCUCAGGUCAAUCCAAGAAACGUAUCAGAAGGCCAGAGUCACAUUAAGCAAUACCAUUAUGUAACUAAUGUACUGAGUUUUUAUAUAGAUGAAAAAUUGAUAAUUUAAAUAAUGUAGCAACCUAGAGUAUAUUCCCAAAUUUUGAGUGAUAACCACUACCCAAGCUUUCCUAAUUGCAGAUUUAGUCUGCCAGUUUAAACUCCAUUUCUACUUGUAUUAUGACUCAGAUUAACCAGCUCUAGAUUAUUGUACAAAAGCUUUUUUAAUUGAGGAAGGUCUGCACUUAAAAGUGAAGAGUAAGGUGAAUCUUUUUAAUAAAGUUUUGUAAUGAAACCUGGGA